AUGACACCAUGGCUAUCAUGCAAAGGAAUCACAGCAGGAUGUUUGUGUCCUUUAUGUCUCGUUCAAUUUUUACCCAUACUGAAUCGCUUUGGUUUAUCAGUAAUUCCUGAAAAAAUAGAUAUUAGUGUCUCUUUAAGAAAAGCAUUCGAUACACCACUUCAGAUUUUACCGACAGCAACAAGUUUGAAAGACUUGGCUACUGCACCAUUUGACAAAAAGAUACCUAUUGAAAGUGUUUGCUACAAGAAGUGGAAAAGUAUGAUUGGUGACACAGUAGAUAACUAUUUCAUAAAUGGGGAUGCUAAUGGAACUAGUGGCUCGAGUCUAUCAUAUAAGUGUCAGUCUGCUUUAGAACAAGAUUACUCUGGUUCAGAGAAUGUACUAUUGAGUAGAUAUGAUCGUUUAGUGCGCGAUAUUUGGUGUGAAUUAAGCAAGAAUUUACCCUUUUCAUUUCUUAUGGAUCGGAAUGUUAUGGACUACUCUGGUGCAACAGUCAAGAAUACUCGACCCGAUGUAAUGGCAUGGUUAAACGGUGCCUUGAUCUUUAAGGCAGAAGAGAAACAAUUUGCUGCUGAUAAGGCGGUGGCUGAGCAAGAAUUGCUAGCUAAGAUGGAUUUCUGGAACAGGUCGACAUAUGGUCGCGUACCUUAUAUUCUUUCUUAUGCCGCAGCAGCAAAUCUUGUCCAAUUUUUUGCAAUCACGAGAGACAUGAACAGAAUCGAUGUGUCAGACGUUUACGAUUUGCAACGGUUUCCAGGGGAAUUUAUGACUCUAGUCUCGUCAUUAAAUUUAUUCCGAGUAAUAGUUACAUUUAAAAAUUAUCUACCUGAGCGAUAUGCUAUGCCAAUGUAUCAGGAAGUGAGAAGAAAAAACAACACUGUUGUGACCUUGUUAUCAGAUACUACUGUGUUGAAAGAAAUACGUAAUUUUGAUGAAUAUAUUGAUUUUGAUACCUUAAAAGAAGUCUAUGAAAGCAUUAACGGUUCAGCCUUCUGCGUAUACUCGAUUGAAGGCCCAAAAUUGGGAAACAAAAAGAAGCGAAAAAUAUCUGAGACUGGAACUCAUUAUUCAGUAGUGCUUACGCCAGUGUGCCAUCAUAGACAACCAAAAAAUGAAGAUGAACUACGCAUUGCAAUAACAGCUGUGCUCAAGGGCUUGAACCAACUUCAUAGCAGAGGUGUGCUGAUUAUUUGCUAUUUGUGCGAUUCUUGCCCUAUGUUUUAA